AAACCGACCGCACUGCGAACCCGGAAAGUGCCCAUGCGAUUUCGCGAAAACGUCGCAGUCCUGAUCAAGAGCCUACAGGCCGCCGAGAUCAUCCGACCCUCGACAUCGCCAUGGGCCUCGCCGAUCGUGAUUGUUCGCAAGAGUAACGGUGUGGAUAUCAGGAUGUGCAUUGACUACAAGUUGGUAAACAGCCUCACGAGAUUGAUAGUCUACCCUAUGCCCCUGAUCAGCGAUCUGCUAGAAGAUCUUGAUAAAGCACUAUGGUACUGCUCACUAGAUAUAGCCAGCGGUUUCUGGGUCGUGCCCAUGACGGAUCGGGCUCGCGAGAUCUCAGCAUUCAUCACUCCGUUUGGACUAUUCGAAUAG